AUGACUCAGAUUUUUGUAGAAUAUCCUCAGAUUCACCGUUAUCCACUCGGUUUCGUCAUCGACAGUAGAUCUCCCAACUAUCGUGACAUGUAUCUUGAAAAAUACUCUUUACGACAUGCAAUUCGUGAAAGACAAGUAGCAUAUGACGCAUACACAAAUGCAUAUAACGCGUAUGCAAAAGUGGCAGUAGAACGGGCGAUUGAUUUAUUUGUCUGCGAUGCCAAUUUACCCGACGCUUGCGUUGAUGCUGCAUGGACAAUGAAGAAGCCAGUUGUGAUGAUUGGAUCAUCUUUCGAAUCAG